CUUGUUUAUUUCGAAUUCGCUUUCGGGUACUCUUUUCUUUCUCUCGCCACGGUAUGGUAGUUGGAUGGGUUGUGUUGUAAUGCUGGUCUUAGGGCUUGAGCGGAGCCCUGGUGCCGCCGCACUAUCUGGGUGACUGUGGCUUCAGCAUGGUCCGGGCGAAUCAUGGAGAUUUGUGGUAUGUUUUCGGGCGUGCGGGAAUUGCUCGAGUGAAGCACUGGCAAAGGCCCGGGGCAGGGGAUACAUGUGCAAGCACAGGUGCUGAAUGUUUGGCAGCCUAUUCGGCUUACAUUUGGCAGAGAUUGGAGAAUGGUUGCUGCGGGCACCGACUCUUCUUGAGCCGGCCCUUCGGGCCGAAUCGCUAGAUUGGUUCCACUUCCACCGUUAGGAAAUCUUCAGCAUAGUAGUGUCCUAUUCGAGUAGAGUGUAAGAGGGGCUUUCUAGUAUCCUUCACUAGUGAGUUUUCAACGGGGGAUACCUCUCGAUAACCCGUGGGUGACGAACGGGGAUCGGUAAUGGGCGGCCUAUUUCUUUGUUACCCUACUCCAGCACUUUGACGAAUCAACUAACGUUACCCAGGUUGUUCGCCCGGUUUUCGAGAGGUGCUCCCCGUUGAAGACUGUGCAAGUAUCAUAUCAUACCGCAGUUAACAUUCGUCCUCCUUUGCCGAGGAGGAAAGUGUGGAUGGAUAGUGCCCAAGGCCACUGUCGCAACACUUCUAUCUAGUACUGUACAGUACACAGUUCCCUACUUGAACUUCGUGACAUGCAGAUAACUUAGGGAAUCAUUUUACUCGAAUAGUGUGGAACAAGGUGAGGAAAAACAAAUACUUUAUCUCCGAGUCGCAUACACGAUUCACUGCAUUUUUCUGUACUGCGCUCCCAUCUGGCAUACCCAUGGGAAGGCGCAUUGAGUCUUUGG